GAGUUCAGUUUACUGGUGGCCCGCGAUGAAGUUGCACGCACUUCAGCCGUGUUUCGUACCGUCGUCGUCGUCGUCGUCGUCUUUACCGCCGCCGUCGUCGUUGUCGUUGUCGUCGCCGUCGUUACCGUUGGCCGUUGUCGAUCGAUUUCGGGUCGGUUGUGUCGUUCGCGAAACUACGUGCGCCCUGCACGGUAUGCAAACCGUCUGCCAACCGUGCGUGGCGCAAAAACAACAUAUCGAGCCAGCGGCGGUGCCGGUGCGGUGUAGAAAUUGAAACGCAAAGCCCAAAUGGUGAAGAAAUACAAGCGGGAAUAUACAUAGAUACACAUGCUGGUUGUGGUUAAAUUAAGAGAAUAAGGAAGAAACAGACCCCAGACCCCUUGUUUCGGGUCUUUCACUUCGACGCAUCGCGUUCUCGACAUAUCCCUCACUCGCUCGCAUUCACGGUGUAAAGUGGCCAUAUCACAAUCACGACCGAAAACAUAUCCACCGCGUUCCACUUGACAUCCGGGCCGCCCGGACUGCCGCGAGCGUUUGGAAAAUAGUUUUGAUAGUGUGCGAUACACAUAAUAUGGUGUGUGGUGUGUGCUUCCCGGGCUGCUACCGGGUCUGAAGACCGCACCGUCCCCAGACGCGCACCGUUACUGCCGGUGAGCAGAUCAAACCGCUCUCCUCCCCUUCGCAGAGCUCCCGGGGACGCGAGUGUGAGUGACUGUGUGUUGUUAAAGUCGCCAGCUAGUUGCUGCCAUCGCUGUGUUAAUCCUUAAACGCGACAUGUUGCGUAGUGCAAUUUGAACCUGCUUCAUCCUGUGAACAUCCGUUUCCCUUCAGCACUCGGUGUGUGUGUGGGUGUGUGCUUGUGUGUGUGUGGUGAAAAGCACAGCAACAACAAAUACGUGAUAACAGCGCAAGCAAGGAAACAUUCCGUUAAAGCUUCACCUUGGCCGUGCGUUCGUGAGAGGAUUAUAUAAUUACCAUAAUUGAAUAUAACACUUCUCGUAUCCCGGUGUGAGUGUGUGUGUGUGUAUGUUGUUAGCCGCUCGCGUACAUCCUCCGACGCUGCUAAUAGCACGCAUAACAAGCCAAGAAGGAAGUCUAAUGCUUCCCAUAUCCGCCCCACGUGUCCUUUGCGUGUUCUCCCACAAGCUCUCCCGUUUGACACAGAGGUGAAGCAAAAUCAAGCGAGAGAAGGAACGAGAGAUAGCGAGAGCGAAAGAAAUACACAACACGUGAACGGUUCAGCUCGGUGUGUGUACCUCAAGUACUGCCGCAUCGCUCAUCCGGUGCUUGCUACUGGUUUUGGGUGCCGCGGAGGUCGCCUUACAACCAGCGCCAAGAGCGGGGGGGGGGGGAAACCACCCCUAAAGGCAAAUCUGCUUCGACCGACUUUAACCUACCAGCAAGCAUGGUGGGUGUAUGGUGCACGUGAGUGUGUCCGUGCACGGCACAACGUUUGCGUAUAACGGCGGGCGCGCCUCCAUUUGGGAAAAAAGCGUGAACGAAAAAAAAAGCCAUCCAGACUUUCGGCCAACCCCGAAAGACGAUAAAGGUGGCGCCACCGAGAGAGGGAGAGCGAGUGGGUGGAGGGGAAAGUGCGAAACGAUGCUUCAGUGAUUUAUGAUGCUCGCGUACGGUUGUGUUUUAUUUUUAAGGACGCAAGCAAGCAAGCCAGGUGAGGGCCGGUGUCGCUUUACGCACCGAAACACGCGUGCAAUAAACGCGUAGAAAACAAACGCCCAACAACCGGGUAAAGGUCGGUUGUUGAUUUUAUGAAGCACUGGCAGCGUGUGACAUUUCCCCAGUACACAACUGUUUGUGUUGAAUUGUGUUCAGCAGAAGGCUGUGAGUGCUGCUACUGCUGCCCAUCCGUAUUUGUUUUGCCCAAGGAGAUGAUCGCGCGGUGGUGCUGCGGUUAGUUGUGUGUAUGGAACGUCCUCUAAAACCGCACAUACCGUUAAAGUGUACACUUUUUUCCCUGUCCUUGGCGCCUUAACUGAAGCCGAACCCCUAGUUGUCGUUGCCGAGUUUCCUUCCGCGUGUCGUGAGUUCCGCGUUUUGAAAAGUGUGUUGAGUCGUCGCGCGCGUUUUACGUUUUGUGUCGCGCGUUCGUUCGUUUGUUCGCGCGUUUUCGGAAGGAAAGGAUAUACAGGCACACACACAUAUACAGUUAAAGCAACAAGGCGAGUGGGGAAAUAAUUCAGUACCGCCAAAAUCAAUACGUUCUGUGAUAAGGAAACAAGCUUCAAGCACCGGAAAAAAGAUAUAUCAAAACCUCUACCCCCCCAAAUCCGGUUUUACAUCGUUUACGUUUUGCAAAUCCGCCGUUAACUCCGUUGUUGCCCCGUUUUGGUCUUAUUCGGCUCUUACCAACAAAAAAAAACCCCGAAACAAACGUGUUGUGUUUGGAAGCGUAUUUUAUGCUACAAUCGUUACUACAGAGAGUGUUACUUGAGUUCGGUUCGUGUGCCAGACUUGAAGCUAUCUUUGCAAAGAACCACUUAGCCUCUCUUAGCCCUAUCUAAAGCGUUUUCCCAAGAUAACGCCGCGCUGGCCGGGGAACGGCGGGAAAACAUAAUUAAGUAAUCAGAACAAGCCGCUGACCGUGGCUUAUCUUUCAAACGGAAAACAAGGGAAGGACCGCGCUCGACCCUCAUCCAAGGCGGUAGCAGCGGCCAAUCGCGCAGUGUGUUGCGUGCACGGAAGCGGAAUAAUUUAUACCACUCCCGCUGGCCAGCGUUCCACAGCCCCCGGUCCGCGUACGGUUAAUUGUUUUACCCAUCAAAAAUACUACGCUGAAUCAAGGACGACGAGGAAGUAGCAGCAACAACAACAACAAAAACACAGACGCAAUCGCCACACUUUCACCGCGACAGCGAGCGACUUAAAGUUUAUGACCGCCCAGCAUGAAAGCUCAUCAAAGCGUCGCGGAUUGAUGGCGUUGUUUGGCCGUUCAACGGGAGGUGCAAUUGUCGCUUGCGGUGUAGUUUAUGCAUGGAAGGUGUGAACAAACAAACAAAUAAACCAUCCACUGCAAGAACCAGUGGAAGAAAGAGUGGUAAGCGGCGGAGACGUUAACGGAAAAUAAAGAUAGGGGCGAAUUCCAUUGCUCUGUUUGCAUCGUCGGUUUGGAAGAAAAGAAGCUCCACAAACAAAGGGGAAAAGUAAAGGUGUCCCCUGUGAGUUGGUGAGCGUCACUUGAGAAGUGAAGUGUUGAAUUUGUGUAACCUAUAAAUACGUAAAGAAGUGAAAAAUAUCGUUUGUUCGUCAUAUCAAAAAGCAACGAAAAAUAUCAAGCCAGAAAUAGUUUAUAUCACAUCGGAAAAGUGAAUCAUAUCAGUGCUGGAUCAGCUGUGUUGCUUUCAUUGUUUUGGGGAAAAAGCCGUCGAUGGAAAGUUUAAUUAGUGCACAAACCUUGCCCGUUGCUGAUGUGUGACGGCCGCUCCGAAAGCACAAAUUUAAAUCAACCGUACCGCAAUCAGUGGAACCAUUGUGUUUUUGGGAGCUCCCGACCGUAUACUAUACAUAUACACAGUAGCAGCCACCGAUCCGUGCAGCUGAGUAGUUCUCUUCCGCCCAGCCAAGAUGGCGAUGGUAGUGUCGGGCCGGGCAAAGGCCGUCAUUGCCGCCUUUGUGUGCUUCUUCCUGCUCGGCAUCGUGCUGGUGACCGGCUCGACCAAGGGCUGGUUCGUGCCGAUGCGUUACAACGAACGGGUCGCCGCCCGGGUACAGCAAAGUGGUGACGACGAUGGAUUCAAUGAACCACCGAUGAUAUCGCCACCGCCGCCCGAGUACGGCUACCGGUUGAAGGGCGACAAGGGAGAACGGGGCACCAAGGGGGAGAGCAUACGGGGGCCACCGGGCCCACCGGGGCCGCAGGGACCGCCGGGUCCACCGGGACCGCCGGGUGUAGCGGGCCCGAAGGGAGGCGGCGCAUUCGAUGGUGAUGGAUCUGGCGAUGAGCUGAAACGAUUAUCACAGCUCUACGACACACUGCCAAACAGAAAACACGGAGGGCAAUGCUUUUGUAACGCAUCCCUCAUCAUCGAGGAGCUGAAAAUGGACAGCAAACUGCGCGAGUACCUUCGCGGCCCACAGGGCAUGCCCGGCAAGGAGGGCAAGACGGGUUCUCCCGGUCUGACGGGCGUCACUGGUCCGCAAGGCGAACGUGGUGCUUCCGGCCCGAAGGGCGACAAGGGAGACCGCGGUGACCAGGGCGCGGCCGGACCGGAGGGCCUGCACGGAAGCAAGGGGGAACCGGGGCUGGAUGGGGCACCCGGUGUACAGGGCCCACCCGGCCCACCGGGACCUCCGGGGCUUCCCGAGAACUAUGAUACUAAUUGGAAUCCGUCGCGGAUGUUCAAGGAAUCCAUGCUGGGCGCACCGAUCCAGGGAAUGCGCGGUGGAUCGCCCGGCCUGAAGGGUGAACCGGGCGAGAAGGGCGAGAUCGGAUUCCCGGGCGAAAAGGGCGAACACGGUACCAAAGGUGACCGGGGUGAUCCGGGUCUGACGGGUGCCAAAGGUGAACGGGGUCACCAAGGGGCGCACGGACAAACGGGGCCGAAAGGACCGCCCGGUAUACCGGGCAUACCGGGACUCCCCGGGCAGACGGGCGCGUCCGGACCGAAGGGUGAGAAGGGUAACACGGGCGAAUCGGGCCCACCCGGUCCACCGGGACCGCCCGGCAUGGUCAUGCACACCGAGGGUGGCCGAAACGGAACGACCGAUCAGUGUCAGUGUCAGCCGGGGCCACCCGGGCCACCGGGCGCACGCGGUCCAUCCGGAUACGACGGUGCGCCCGGACUUCCGGGCGAAACCGGACUUCCGGGCCAUCCGGGCCUGCCGGGCGACAAGGGCGAACGGGGACUGCCCGGGCCGAAGGGCGAGAAGGGGCCGGAGUUUAUCAUCAACGAAAACGCAGCAUUCAACUCGUCGCGGGCCAACAAAGGAGAGAAAGGCGAGCGUGGACAGCGAGGCCGCCGGGGGAAGACGGGCCCACCGGGACCGAUCGGGCCACCCGGCAAGCCUGGCGGUAUGGGUGAAACGUGGCCGGGACGACCGGGACCAAAGGGAGACCAGGGACCGAAAGGUGAAAAAGGCGACAGUAUGGCAAUGCGGGGCCUCAAAGGCGAUAAAGGCGAACGUGGCAUGAAUGGACGCGAUGGACUGCCGGGCCCACCGGGUCUGCCCGCUGCCUCCGGUGACGGUGGCGUACAGUACAUCCCCAUGCCCGGCCCGCCAGGACCACCGGGACCGCCCGGACAGCCCGGCCCGCCUGGACUGUCCAUCGUCGGCGAGAAGGGUGAGCCCGGGAUGGAUUCGCGCAGUCCCUUCUACAGUGAUUCGCAGCAUGGAUUUUACGGUCGUCCGGGAGGUCGGUCCAGUUUGGACGAGCUGAAGGCACUGCGAGAGCUCAAACACCACAAGGACUACGAAGACAGCACGCUCGGACCGCCGGGACCUCCAGGACCGCCGGGACCGGCCGGACGACCGCUGCACGACAGUGACGAGAUACCGAACAGCUACGGGGCCAACGUACGCAUCGUGCCCGGCGCAGUUACUUUCCAGAAUGCAGAAACGAUGUCAAAGAUGUCUUCCACGACUCCCGUCGGUACGCUCGCUUACAUAAUUGACGAGGAAGCACUUCUGGUACGAGUGAACAAGGGCUGGCAGUACAUUGCACUUGGAACGCUCGUGCCGAUUGCAACGGUACCGCCGCCCACCACCACCAUCGUUCCGCCGCAGCGUGCCGACCUGCAGGCGUCGAACCUGAUCCACAAUCUCCCGCAGCCCGGCGACGGCUCAGUGUUUACCGCCACGCCGGAGUAUGAGUCGUUACGGAUGGCAGCACUUAACGAACCGUACUCGGGCGACAUGCAGGGCAUCCGUGGGGCGGACUUCGCGUGCUAUCGACAAGCGCGCCGUGCCGGUCUCCUGGGAACGUUUAGAGCGUUCCUUUCGUCGAGAAUUCAAAACCUGGACUCGAUCGUACGGAUAGCGGAUCGUGAGCUGCCGGUCGUGAACACCCGCGGUGACGUGCUGUUCAACUCGUGGAACGGCAUCUUCAACGGGCAGGGCGGGUUCUUCUCGCAAGCGCCCCGGAUAUACAGCUUCAGCGGGAAGAAUGUGCUCACCGAUAUGGCGUGGCCCCAGAAGCUGGUGUGGCACGGUUCCAGUGCGCACGGCGAGCGUGCGAUAGACACGUACUGUGACGCGUGGCAUUCGCAGACGCCGGACAAGGUCGGGCUGGCCAGCAGUUUGCUCGGUAACAAACUGCUAGACCAGGAACGGUACUCCUGUGAUAAUCGGUUCGUGGUGCUGUGCGUCGAGGCGGUCCCGCAAGACCGAAGACGGAAGCGACGCGACACCACCAGCCAACACGAGUUUGCCAACGAGAAGGAGUACAGCCAAUAUUUGCAGAGUAUCAGCGCACUGUAAAAACAAAAGAAGCAAAACCACCCCAACAGUCUCUGCAAGCGCAAGAAGUAAUCCCCCAGGAACCCUCAUACUACACCCUGCUCACAAUACUCAGCGCAUCGCUAAUGUCGCGCCAUCGGUACAUCGCGCCAGUGACACGCAAGAAGUAGCCGUUGCCUCGAAAUAGUCCCAUCCAUCGGCUGCGAAAUUCAUCGAAAUCAGAGCGAAAUCCAUAUCUGGCGGAGCCGAUUUGCGAACGAACAGACAGGUUCCGAAACUCUCCAAACAUAUACACAAUGCAGAUGAUAAAUAAGCUAGGAACUAAAUAGAUAAGCUAACAUAAUGUGGGUAAUUGGCAUGCUGGAGAGUGGAAAUUUUAAAAACGAAACUUAAAAUAAGAAAAACCAAUAAAAAAAAAAACAAAGCUAACAAGCAAACAAGCUGGACAAGAGAAACACAGCCCCAGCCAGGCGCCACACUGCAGGCUGCAGUGAACGCGCUGCCCGAAACUGAAGAUGAAUGAAAAUAAUGAUAAUAAGUAAUUUUAACAACAGUCCGAACCCGUACUACUAGUUACAUUAGCGAAUUGUUUUAACUGGCAGUUUUUUUAUUACUUUACGUUUUAAUUGUUUAGCAAUUAUUGUAACAUAUGGUAAAGCGUCAAGCGGAUGUCAACGCUGAGUGACGCUAAUGUCAAGCUAAACAAAACAAGAAAAGAAGAGAAAAAAAGGAACAAAACACAAUUCAGUAAGUAGCAAGUAAGUAAAGUACAAGAAACUAAGAGAGCCUAAACGGGGGCGUUAAUGUGUUUAAGUGGUUAAGGUGAGCAAUGUGAGCAAUGUAACGCGAUUCAAUUAACACAAACAUGAACAAAGCAAACGUGACAAAGCGCCCCCUUUACCAAGUCUUCUAGCCAUGUCAGACGGAGAAAGAGAAGGAGGAGGAGCAGCAGCCAGUCAAAUUCAAUUCAAGUCAGCCCUCGCCAUGUUGAUAGUCAAAUUAAAAUCGAUAGCGCCCUCUCUCGCUCUCUCAAUCCAUCAAAAGCCAUUCAGUUUGAGCCUCUGAGUAUAGAUCUACUUAAUCUUUUCUCUUAGUAAGUCUGCGCUGCCGAUACAUGAUUUUGAUGACAUAUUUCUUCAUGCAGUGCCCAAUAUUCGCAGUCAGUACCACAGAGAGAGAGAGAGAGAGAGCUAUCUGUUUGCCAUAUUUAAGUUCCCUACUGCAAACUUUUACUACUUCUAUCACUCUACGUCUACUAAUACAACUUCUUCCGAUUACUACUAUCAUACACUAUCACACUAUUAGUGCACUGCAAUGCUCGAAACUAUUGUCAGUUCUGAAAACGCGAUCUUUUUAUCUGUUCAACCCGAUCGUAUAACUUGUACUAAAACUGAGAACAACAAAAAACACACACACAGAGAGAAAACUAGUUUUUACAUUAACGACAAACAAAACAAACCCUCGUGUUGUGAAUAGUAAUGCAGUGGCGCAGAGAAAAGGGAUCGGUAGAGAGAUAUUAAAACGCAGUAUCGUUUAGUAUUGCAAUGCGAUCACCAACUCAGCCACACUCAGCCCGUGUAAUGUGUGUGUAUGUAUUUGUUUUAGCUAAUUAAAAAAAAUACAUUCAAUCGAAGCGUACAUCACAGGCAUAAGAAUUCACUGGGUUAAAACAACCGCGACAAAACAAAGCAAAACAUUCUGGGGAAAGAAAAACGUCUUACCGUACUUGUACUAAAAACCAACAUCAUUCAUACUGUCUAUCUCCCACCAAAUCGUAAUCCCUUUUCCCUUUCCGUAGUUAAUAGGAUAACUUCCGAAACAAACAAAACAAACCAUAUAUUAUUAGGCCAAUGGAAGCAGAGAGGAGGUGAAUUGUUUCUUUCUUUUUUUUUUUGUUGUCCGUUCAAUUAGUUACAAUCAUAGUGCAUUGUGAACGAUGGUCAGCCAGACCGAUGGAUUGCAAAAUACAUACUAAAAACAAAAGAGUGAAUGCGUUUUCAAUGCAAUUAAAAUGCCAUCGUCAGCCAGCCGGGCAACACUGUGUCAUUUACAAUGCGCCCCAAGAGAAGGCGGGAUGAAUAGAUGGAUGGGAAACUGUUUUAGGUGAUAAGAUUCGUGUAAGAAUUGCACUCCCUGUACAGAUACACACACACACACAAGAAGAAAAAAACAGGCACAUGCGAGAUGGGUGGUGAGAUAGAAAUCGUUUAAAAAUCGAUAGAUAAUAAGCUAUUUAACUAAUAACGAUAAUUGAUAAAGUGCAGCGAGUACAGGAGAAGAAACACAGUGAACACAGAGAAAAGGUGAUGAACAACAAUUUUGUGCAAAUUACGUAGGUAAUGAGUUUAAGUAUCGUUUUUCAAGUUCGUUUUUGUCUAUAUCAGUUGAUAAGGGGGAGGGUCAAAGUCAAUACAAAAUUGCGCCCAACCCGGAUCGAUGGGUUGGAAUGGAAAAUAUUAAAAACAAAACAUGGUUCUGAUUAGAUGAAGCUGUUACUCUAGGCAAGGGAGGGAGAGAGAUAUUGGAACCGGGGGAACUGAACAUUUGACUUGCUGUAAUAAAAAUGAAAUUUAAUCUACA